AUUACUUUUUCUAAAAGGUUUAUAAAAUAAGCCUCACACCCACACUUCAUUCCCAUUCACUACAGCACACAAACCAGGCUAUACUCAAACCCUUUCUCACUUUCCAAACCCUAGCAGCAGCACGACACGUUCUCUCAUUCUCCAAAGAUGUCGAGCGCCGAUCCCGAGCACCGAGAGGAGGAGGAGGCACCCGUCGCUGGUGAUGACGAGGACACUGGAGCCAACAUCGCUCCUAUCGUCAAACUCGAGGAGGUUGCUGUCACCACCGGUGAAGAGGACGAAGAUCCAAUCCUAGAUCUCAAAUCGAAAUUGUACCGUUUUGAUAAAGAUGGAAACCAGUGGAAGGAGAGAGGCGCAGGAACUGUGAAGUUCUUGAAACACAAGGUUACUGGCAAGGUUAGGCUUCUCAUGAGGCAGUCCAAGACUCUCAAGAUCUGUGCCAAUCAUCUCAUCUUGCCUACUAUGUCUGUCCAAGAGCACGCUGGGAACGAGAAAUCUUGUGUCUGGCAUGCUAGGGAUUAUGCUGAUGGUGAACUUAAGGAUGAACUUUUCUGCAUCCGAUUUCCUUCUAUUGAAAAUUGCAAAAGCUUUAUGGAAACAUUCCAAGAAGUUGCCGAAUCUCAGAAGGCAGAGGAUGACAAGGAAUCGUCUGCAGCAGCUGAUCUUAUUGAGAAAUUAAGUGUUGAAGAGAAGGCAGAGAAGAAAGAAGGUGAAGAGAAGUCUGAUGACAAAACCGAGAAGGAAUCUGGAAAGGAAAGCAAGGCGGUUGAAGAUAAGAAAACUGAAGAGCCUGCAUCCUCAGCAUGAGUAUUUCUUAUUCAUGUUCUAUACUUGGCAAUCUGAUAAGGUUAGGUGGUAAUUGUUUUUGCCGCCCAUAUCUUGGAAUAUUCUCAAACUUAAUAGUUGCCAGAUUGUGUCACUGAACUGAGCUGUUUGUGUCUUCGUGAGUUUUUUGUCAGCUGGCAAAGUUAGGGUUGGGUUUGAAUUUUGAGGCUUGAAUGGUUGAGCUUUCGGGGUCUUGGGAGUCUAUUAUUAUUGUUAUUUUCAUUCUACAUAUGUAUUUGUUGCGAGUAAGGAGUCAUGUUGGUUGGGGAGGGGGAGGGUGCAGUCAAGCAAUAGUCAAAAUUAUAAACAAAGGUUUUGGUACAAA